CUAAAACAUAAUACAGUGCAAACAAACCAAACCAACCACCCACAGAUAACAGUACAUACAAGCAAGCGUCGUCAGGCAGGCCGGGUCAAUAUCAAUAGGGCAGGUAGGUACAGGGGGAGCAAGCGGAGAAUGGUCGGGGUCACAGGCCAGGUUCAGCAGGUAGCAAGCAGCGUGGUACAGAGGGUCAGGCAGAGGGAUGGUCAGGAGCGAGCCGGGAUCAGAGCAGGAGAAGUCAGCAGCGGUUCAGAUCAGGCAGGGUCAGCAAAGGAACAGAAACAGGAUGCAGGACAGAUACAGGGCCCAGGACAAACACAACACCAAGGCAGAGUCUGCAAGUCUGGCCAU